AUGUCGGCAAAUAAAAACACUAGUCAGAAUAAAUUGAUUUUGCCAGAUCAACCUUAUCAUGAUAGUUUCCUCAACACCAUGUCUAAAACCUUCCACUGGGCUCGGCUUUUCGGGGUGAUGAGUAGAGGGUCUCGGUGGUGGAAUUUGUGGGCUAUAAUUCUUCUAGCUACUCUUUUUGUCAUAGAAGUAGCUGCUAUUUGGAAGGUAAUAAAAGCGUUGGCUGGAUGGGCCGUGGACACUGCAGGGCAUCGCAGCGUUACAGCCAGACUUUCCGGAACAAUGUUCUACUCAACUGUAAUCGCUUCUCAAAUAUUAUGUUCACGGUUAUCAUUGAAUUGGAAUACUUUAUCAAGCUACUGGAUGUCGAUCGAACGAGCGGUGGCUAUCAACACAACUCCGGACCCGACGAUAAGGACGCGAAUGAUUACCGCUAUGAGUAUCAUGGCGGUUUUAUCUACUUUUGAACACCUGAUAAGUAUUAUAGCAUUGAUCGGUUUUGAUUGCCCGUCCCACCUCAUUUUGAGACGCUAUACUGCGAGAUCGCAUGGCUUCCUGUUUUUAAGAGAUGACUAUUCAGUGUGGUUCGCCGUGCCACUGCUAUUCAUCAGCAAUAUAGCGACAAUACUGUGGAACUUCCAAGAUACACUGGUCAUUUUGAUAUGUAUGGGGCUCAGCUCGAGGUACAGCAGACUUAACCAAUACGUAGCCAGCGUAUGCGUAGCGGAAAACAAAAUUGGGCAAGAAAACAUGAAAGCAGAAGUCGUCAGAGUAUACUCCUGGCGCAAGAUCAGAGAAGCUUACGUAAAGCAGGCUGCGUUGGUUCGAAAGCUGGAUGAAGCUUUGGGAGCAAUUAUACUACUCACUUCUUUUGGAAAUUUCUACUUUAUUUGUUUACAAUUGUUUCUGGGCAUAACGGAAGGUCUAUCAAGCACAUCCACGCUCAAGCUGGUGUAUUACCUGGUUUCGUCACUGUGGCUGGUCAUCAGGUUCACAUGGAUGGUUCUGGCUGCAGCCGACGUCCAUGUCCAUUCCAGAAACGCACUGCAGUACCUUCAUAGCUGCAAUUCGAAACACUAUAAUGUAGAGAUAGAGAGGCUGCAGAACCAGCUGAAUAAGGACUAUGUUGCUUUGACUGGAGUUGGAUUUUUUUCCAUAGAAAAAAAUAUACUUUUGCGGAUGGCAGCGGCAGUAGUCACGUACGAGCUGGUACUUAUCCAGUUUGACGACAAAGGUUCUUCGGACGUCCCAGGCAAUUCUACUGGUCUACAAUAA